ACAGACCCUUCCAUGAUAUGAAGUGUACUCUUCCUGCAGACACACAAUCAUGCAGGAGGACUAACAUGUUCUGGAACAGUGAUGGAUCUCCAUGUGGAUGCUGCGGUUCUCUAACGACUUCCGAAAAACGCGAGCUUACGUCUUCUAACGUGCUUCCAUCGUGACAGGCUCUCAUGUGUUGGGUCUGCACCGUGCGCUCGCCUUUCUCUCGCGGCCACACCCUCCCUUCUCCAUCUCGUCCGCGUGCAGCUGUGGUGCGGGUCUGUGGGUGCGUGCGUCUCCCUGUCGGGCACCCGCAGCAUCAGCAACACAAAAGGGUCGGAGCGCCGUGGGCUUCCUCAGCACCGAUCGGAAGGAAGGAUCGCGUUGGAGGAGACAAAAAAAAAGAGAGACGGCGGCAGGGCAAAUUCCAGCCCUUUAGACGACUGUUUGGAAAGAAGAAGAAGAGGGAGGCAAAAGGAAGCUUUGAUGGAGCAGAGCUGAAGGCCAGUUUUUCUACUGGGGAGGUGUGCAAUGGAGUUGUGUCUGACGAUGAGGAGUCCAAUCAAAAUCUGAGGGAGUUGAAUGCCAUCGGAGCUCGAGCUCUCUCACACGACAGCAUCUUUAUCCCAGAGGAACCGGUGAAGGAGGACAGUUUAGACCGCACCAUGUCGCAGGAAAACGUGUCAGAUAAAGUUAGGAAUCUGCAGAGGCAGAUAGCACAAAGUAUAAAGUUUGGCCAGAAGCCUCCUUCUCUGAGGAGGAGUGAAGGAGAUGAGGGCAGUUCGGAUGAUGAAGAGGUUCCCAGGAGCCCUUUGAAGGUUCUGGCCCAGGUCGAAGCUGAGCCUCCAAAAACAGAACCAAAGGUGCAGGGGACCCAGCAACCUGGACCACACACCACGCCAGUGAAGUCCCCACGGUCCAAACGAGUUCUUCCGCCUACUGGUACUAUUGAAUCCAUCAACUUAGACGCUGUUCCAACAUCUGUUCCUCGCCUAGACAACACAGCUGCCAAGCAUAAACUGUCGGUUAAACCGAAGAAUCAGAGGGUGUCCCGCAAGCACCGGCGCUUUACACAGGACCUCCAAGAGGUGUCUAUUCCUGGUAUGGUGCAGGAGGACUUUGAGGGAGCAGGCGUUUCUACAGAUGUCCACCGUAGAGCAUCUGCCGAGGAGCCUCUAGAAUCCCUGGAAAGCUUCAAGAAACAGAGACUGUAUGAUGAGGAAAGGCAGGAGAUGAGAAGGAGGAGAGAGUUGGAGGAACAGAGGCUCAGGCAGGAAGAAGAGGAGAAGAGGAAGCGAGUGGAGGAGCUGAGGCUGCGUGAGCUAGAGGAGGAGAGAUGUCGGAAACAACAGGAGGAGGAGCGGCUUCGUAAAGAAGAAGAAGAACGAAGGCUUCGGGAGGAGGCAGAGAGGCGAAGGAGGGAGGAAGAGGAGCGGAGGGUUAGAGAGGAAGAAGAGCGGAGGCAGAGGGAAGAGGAGGAAAGGAGGAUGCAAGAAGAGCAACAACGUCGACAGCGGGAAGAGGAAGAGAGGAGACGGCUGGCAGAACAGAGGAAGAAAGAGGAGGAGGAGAGAAGGAAGCAGGAGGAAGAGGCUGAGCGACUGCGUUUAGAGAAGCUCAGACAGGAAGAAGAGGAAAGGAAGAGGAAGGAGGAAGAGGAGAAGGAGAAGUUAGAAGAAAAGAAAAAACAAGCAGCACAGGAGAAAGUGAGAAAAGAGGAGGAACGGUGGAGAGAGAUGGAGGAGCGACAGAGGCCUUUCUCCUUCAAAGUUUCCUCUGGAGAAAAACAGAUUCUCUUCCAGAAGGUCAAUCUCACGCCUGUUACACCAGCGUCGAGCCACCAGAGCGGGGCUGUAGUUGAUCAAAAGGAAAGCGCUAAGGCUUCCUCCUCCUCUGAAGGAGCAGACUCCCCAAACCUGCCAACGUCUCCUUAUGUCCCCCACACAGCCAUCUUGGUGACAGGGGCCCAGCUUUGUGGGACCGCCGUCAACUUAGAUCAGAUCAAAGACACCGCCUGCAAGUCUCUGCUGGGUUUGGGAGAGGAUAGAAAAGCCCAGGGAACAUCGCCAACCAAGAGCAAGACUUCACCAGAUCGCAAGUCUGGCAAAACCAAAUCACUCAACGAAGCCUCGCUCUCUACAGACCAGUCCGGUGCCGACGUCCUGGCAGAAUGGGCCAGUAUUAGAUCAAAGAUAUUCAAGGGGGUAGAGGAGGGGAAGUAUGAUGAAUACCCAGACCCUGGCAGAAACCAGCCACAGCCCAGUGGUGAAGACCAGCCUCCAUUUUCCCACACACACCUCAGGAAGACCAUGUCUGCCAGCGCCAAGUUCUCCAUCACCCCUGCAAAGAAGAAAUUCGGAGAUUCGAACAGGAAUUCUGAGGUGUUCAGUGUCGAUGACAAAGAUGCAGGAGAGGAAGCUACGCCAUCCGAUACCUCCACUGCAGCCUCACCAGCUCCAACAAGCAAACCUCAGACCAGGACGAGUAAAAGUGUCCGCAUUGUAGAAAGAGGGUCAGAGGAGUGUAUGUUUGCCAAAGACCUCCCCUCUUUCCUGGUUCCCAGCCACGGAGCCAAACCUGAGGGGGCGGAGUUGAAGGUCAGGGCUCAGAGUGAGACAUGUGAAAACAGAGAGGAGGGAGAUGACCAGGGCCAAGACGCCGAGGAUGCGCCCUCUCCUUUUGGCAUAAAGCUCAGGAGAACCAACUACUCCCUCCGCUUUCACAGUGAACAGUCAACAGAGAAAAGGAAGAAACGUUACAGUGCCGGGGACAGCUUUGAUGGCGUCCCUUCACCUCUUACUCCCAUUGAGCCAGAUUCUGAUGCUUCCUCUGUCUUUUCUGACAAAUCCAGUCCCACAUCGCCACACAGAGACGGUGCGGUCAGCAAGUACUUCCACGCAUCUGCAUCUCCUGCUGUUUCUCGGGCUAAGACAUCAGUAAAGCCUACCAGCCCGAUCCCACACAGCGAAGGGGACAAAGUGCUCUCAAAGCCGCCGGUUUAUCGUAGACCGGCGACGUCACCCAAACCUACUGCAUCCGUCCCGACCCCUCCCCCAUCACCGCUACCUAAAGUGCUCCACAGGACAUCAGUAGACGCCACAGUUCAAAGAGAAGGGGCCGGGGAUUCAUCAAGCCAGGAGCAGACGGGCCGAAGCGAGGAGUCAUCAGCGGUGGCCCAGAUGCACAAGAGCAGCCAAGGCCAGAUACAAGGAGAGGAGGAGCCAAAGGAGAAGAGGUCCUUCUUUCCUUCCAUCAACAUCCCAUGGAGAGAGAAGACAGACAGAAAGACGGAGCUCAUCAGGAGAGAAAAACCGUCACUACAGAGCAGACACUCCCUGGACAGUUCAAAAGUCCAGGAGAAGGAGGCCGGGCCCUUAUGGAUCACACUGGCCCUCCAAAAGCAGAAGGGCUUCAGGGAGCAGCAGCAGAACCGAGAGGAGCGGCGUAGCCAAAGAGAGGCCAAACUGGCUGAAAAACAAGCUAGAGAGAGAGAUAGUGUGACUUUGGUGAGUCCCACAGAAAGCAAAGGCAGUGGGAGCACCAGUCCAAGCUCCAAACCUCAGACACCAGAGGAGCCCAAGAGACCCGACAGCCUCCUGGGGCGCUUCGAACGCAGAGAGCAGCUGAAAAAAGCUAACACACUACCCAGCUCUGUAACUGUUGAGAUUGCAGACUCUACACCGUCGCCACCUGCUGUCAAGGAUGUGUCAAAGCGCUUCCCAUCUAGUGACUCUCCGCAGGUGUCCACAGAGCCGGCCUGGCUGGCUCUGGCCAAGCGAAAGGCCAAAGCUUGGAGCGACUGUCCUCAGAUAAUCAAAUAACACACCCAGCAGCCCCCACCACACCUCCCAUCACCCCUCCCCUCCCCUGUAACCUGGCUUCACACAGGGCUCUGGCCUAGCAUCGAGACUGCACACUGCCCAGACUCCGAAGCACCACCAGAGUCACAGCACCACCCAUCCUCUACCUUAAAACUCUAGAUCUGACCAUGAACGCUCCUCCCUCCUGUGAAACAAGUAGAGCCCUCCAUCGCCUCAUAACCCCCACACUGGCUGGUACUAUUAUCAAGUUAAAGUGCGCUUCACAUUCGAAAUACAAUCGCACAGAUAUAUGUAUUGCAAGCAUGCACAUACGGUGUACAAACACAUAAUGACGUAUAUGACCCAAAAAGACACAAAGAUGUUUGCUCUCGACCCUAAACCUGCCGCAGUCAGGGGAGUCCUCAGCAGCCAAUCACAACCAUGGCUGGCCAUUGCAAUAGCCAACCCUUAUUUUUUAUUUAGUAGCCAACUGUGUCACCAUGGUUGUAAAUAAAUCAUUCACUUAACAUUAUAUAAGGUGAGACACUUCUGCAUUAGAGGUGGAGCUCUGACGUAACAGUGUUUAAUCCACUGAGGGGAACUGUCUGAAUUGUGUUUUAAGGGCUACCAGUAACUCAACAUGACCCUGCUCAAUCUUCUUUGCGACAGCCGAUGGAAGUGUUACAGGUAUCUCCCCUGCCCUCGUUGGUAUUAUUUAUGUAAAGCAAAGGAUUUAUCUGUGUUGAAACGAUACUGUAUCUCUCUUUUCUGAGCCUUGUUUGUCAUGUACAAAAGAAGCCUUUCUUUUUUUUUUUUUUUUUUACUCAUAAGGGGAACCUUAGCUGAAAAAUUCUCACUGUGUCCGUGACAACUGUGAUAGCUGUCCAAGGAGCUAUUAAAAUCAUUUGUCAUUAGAAAGGAACAAAAAUCUGUCAUAAUCACAUGGUGGGUGCACCUAAACACAGCACUGAAGACCACAAGUGUUAUCGGGCAUUUACAGUGACCUGCACACUUUUCCUCGCAGCUGAGCGUUGACGUAAUAUGAUCUUGCUUUUUAAUUUUUGUUUUUUUGGUAAUGGAGACAAACACACUGCUUGCUGUAACAUACAACUCUCGUAGCCGUCCCCCUGUAACACACUUGUGUUUUGUAGGCUUACCAUCAUGUAGGCCAUCACUUCCUUGUAAAUGUGAUAUGAUCUCACAUGAUGUAAGCAUUUCUGCUAUGGAAAAAAAAAAAAAAAAUCUCCCAUCAUUCUCAUUACUUCCUGCCACUCACUUAAUGAUCUGUAUGUAUGUAAGUAUGUACUGUAUGUAAGUCAGAGGCGUUACCAGAGCUUUGAUCAGAAAGUAGCCCCCACGGCUCACUCACUUUGUCAUUUUGUUUCUAACUUUGGUCGUGCACAAUAGUGUAGUGUACGCAGUGUUAUAUGUAACAAAAAAAUGUUUGGUAUAAUUUGCACUUUUUUGUCCCACUUAGAGAUAUUCAUGAGAAAAUUCUUAAAGAGAUACAAAAUGUUAUGAAUAAUGUAAAUUAAAUACUGAUGUCUGAA